GAUGACCAGAGACUGCGGACACAGUACAGGAGAUGACCAGAGACUGCGGACACAGUACAGGAGAUGACCAGAGACUGCGGACACAGUACAGGAGAUGACCAGAGACUGCGGACACAGUACAGGAGAUGACCAGAGACUGCGGACAUAGUACAGGAGAUGACCAGAGACUGCGGACACAGUACAGGAGAUGACCAGAGACUGCGGACAUAGUACAGGAGAUGACCAGAGACUGCAGACAGUACAGGAGAUGACCAGAGACUGCGGACACAGUACAGGAGAUGACCAGAGACUGCAGACAGUACAGGAGAUGACCAGAGACUGCGGACAG